AUGAUUCGAAAUGCUGAAAAGGCUUUGAAAUUUAUAGAUAUUUAUGGAUAGAAUAUCUAGCUUAACUUUAAGGGAUAAAACUCAUAUAAAACAGUUUUUGGUGGCAUUUUAAGUUUAGCCUUUUUCACACUAAUUUGUGUGGCAUGUUGGUUUUUUGGAAAGGAGCUGAUUUUGAAAGAAAGUCCUCAAGUUAUUAGCUCAGAAAGACCUGUAGAUAGUCCAAAGAGAAUUUCAAUAAGGCCUGAUAAUUUGAUAAUUAUGUUAGGUUUGGCAAAUAAUAGCUCAGUUCCUUUUAUAGAUCCAAGUAUAUUUACUGUAAGAGCUGUUCAAGAAACCACUGUUAACGUGACAGACUCAAAAACAGGAGUCUCUACUAAAAAGCUAAUUGAAGUAAAAAAAGAGAUAAGGCUUUGCACUAAUGAAGAUGUAGGAAUGUUUAGUAUAAAAUCUUUUUUUAAUUAGGUUGAUAUUGCUAGUUUUUACUGCUUUGAUGGAUUUAAUGAAGAUAUUUAUAUGGAAGGCGAUUUUAACACAGGAAAUUUUUCAUAGAUUUAUGCUUAUUUUGAUAAAUGUUAGAAUUCUACAUAAAGUCCUAUUAUUUGUAAACCAUAAGAAGUCAUCGAUCAAACUCUUUUGUACACAAAAUUGCAAAUAUAUAUGUCUGAUCAUAUAGUUGAGCCUUCUAACUAUUUAGAGCCUUUUAAAGACAGAGGGAUAAGUCUUUAUGCAAUUACUUCUUCAUUAUUACCAUAAGAAAUAGAGCUGUUUUUCACUAAUUAUUAUAUUGAAACAGAUGUUGGUUUAAUAAUCAAGUAAAUAGAAACAUAAUAAAGUUUUGUUUUUGUUUAGUAAACUGUAACUCCUUUUUUUAGUGAUGAUAAUGUGCUUGGUCGAGUACUUUUUAGACUCUAAAAGCAGAAAGAGAAUUUGAUGCAAAGGAACUAUCUUAAAUUUGCUGAUUUUUUAGCUUAAAUGGGUGGUUUUCUGAAAACUAUGAUAGUUUUUGGCAGCAUUAUAAGUGCUCCUAUAUCAAAACUUUAUUUAUAUAAAUCAGCUGUUGAUGAAAUAUUUUAGUUCUAGAGUAAUAAAAACGUUAAUUUGGUCGCAAAAAACAUUGUUAAGAUUUCUGAACCUGCCAGCAAAAACAGUUUGUCUUCUCCAUUAAAAAAGACACAACGCAACAAAACAAAUUAAAAAUAAAAAGUUAAUUAAAAUGUGAUAAAUAUGAAUUAAAAAGUUAAUCUCUAAAAUGUGAAAGCUAACAUGAAUUCAAAUUAAUCAGAGCUACAAAUAAUUAAUUAGUCUUUGUCUCCUCAUUUAUCAUGUGCGUAAUGGAAUUCUUUUUGUUCUCAGAAUCAUGAUAAUACAAAAAAAUAUUAAGCAAGCAGUAAUGUUUUCCAUGACAGCAGUAAGCCAAACAUUUAGUAAUUUGGUGUCAAAAGAGUUAUAGAAAGCGCAAAAGACUAUUUUUUAAAGACCCAUCAAAUCAUCAAAUACAAAUUUAUGAAUUACUUUGUGCAUGCCUUUUUCCCAAAGGCGAAGAGCAUUGUCCAUAAAUUCAAAUUGGUGAAUGAAGGGGUUUCAAAAAUAUAAGAUCAUUUAGAUGUCAUGUAUAUUCUAAAUAAACUCCUUGAGAUAGAUAAGAUUAAGUAUAUUCUACUAAAUAAAGAUUAAUUAAAAUUAUUUGAAUAUAUACCUAAACCAGUGAUAUCUGAUGAAACGCUAGAUAACGAUUAAGAUAGUAUUAAAUCGUCAAUGAGUGAUGCAGCCAAAAAUUAAAUCAUAAAUGAAGGUAUAUAUGAAAAUAAAAUUUAAUUAGAAGCAAAUACCCCAAAUAUAUAAUAAAUGGCUCAAAGGAAUCAGAAUAAUUUUCCUUAGUUUUUAAGCAGCAAUUAAAAUUAGCAAAUAAAUAAAGAGAAUAACCAAAAUAAAUUUUAAUUUGGAAUGCAGAGAAGGAAGGGCAGUACUAAUUUCUUAUAAAAUAACGUGUACUCUCAAUUUGGAAAGAAAUAAACUGAAGAGUAGAUAAUAUAGCAAGCUUAUGAUGGUCUUUCAAAUAUCUUAUAACAAAGAAAGUUUUCAAAGAUUGAUGAAAAACUAGUAGAAUUAAUUGAUCCUAAUUUAAUUACUUAGAUUUAAAGAGAAUAAUAAAUAUUUGAAUAAAGUGAAGAAUCCUUAACAUAAAUACCUCUUAAUGCGUUUUUAAGCAAUUAACUCCAAAAGGCUUCUGAUAAUGAAAAAUAUGAGCUAAAAAAAUAAUAGCUACCUUUAAAUAAAUUGCAUGUAAUUAAAGACUCCUCUUCCAAUUAAUCGUCUUCCUUUAACACAAAUUCUUCUAACCCCAAAAAUAUAUUAUAAGAAGGGAUUGAAGAAAUAAAUAUUCCCAACAAAGUGAAAAAAUUUUUAAUAGACAAUUAAAAUUAAGCUGUAGACUAUAAUAAGAAACAAGAUUAAGAAUAUGAUAAAUCCUAAUAGCAGCUCACUUCUUCUUAAGAAACAAAUUAAAUUUGUGGAGUACUAAAAGAAGACGAAAAUCCUAUUACAGAUAUAUAAUUGGUUUAUUAAAGCCCAAUAAUGAAAUAAAUAUUAAGCAAGCAAUUCUCAAAAAGUUUUACAAAUUAAUGA